UCAACUUCCGGGGGCAGAGGUGUUUGAAGCCGGGUGGUGUGUGGGCUCUCCCAACUUGUGUGGCUGGGGUCGCGCCCCUGGUGUGCUCCGCGGGUUUGUGUGCUGGGGGGUGGCUCUCCUAACUGCGUAGCUCGGCGGCGCGACUGUGGCAGCGGCGGCGGCGAGAGGGAGCAGGUGCUCGGAAAGAAUGGAUGAUGACGAUUUUGGUGGUUUUGAGGCUGCAGAGAUUUUUGAUGGUGGAAGUGGUGAAAACCAAACUACAUCUCCUGCUAUUCCUUGGGCUGCUUUUCCUACAGACGAGGAAUCUGUGGUUUAGAUGGGUUUGUGUAAUUUGCCAAAGGCUGCAUAGCAGGCAAAAAUGCAAUUUGCAUUGUGAGCUGCCUUCCAGAAAUUAUGGUAGAACUUCGCUGACGUUGCCACUGAUGCCAAUGUGGAGUAAAGUGUCUGGAGUCCAUCUUUCUCCAGCUUCUCCUGCGAUUGUGCUGGACCAUGACCACUCUUCUCCUUCAGGUGGCUGCCUCUCUUCUGAGCACAUCGUUUCAUCACCAGAGAUGACACAUGCCGACAACAGUGUUAUCAGCCAGACUGUUCCGAAAACACCGAUUCAGCAAUCAACACACACUGAUCUGGAUAUCUCACUUUUUCCAUUGGGUUUAACUGAUGAGAAAAGUAAUGGAACAAUUGCUCUUGUGGAUGAUUCUGAGGAUCCUGGAGCCAAUGUAUCAAACAUACAGCUUCAGCAGAAAAUUUCAAGCCUGGAGAUGAAACUCAAAGUUUCUGAAGAAGAAAAACAGAGAAUUAAAAAGGAUGUGGAACUGUUGCUAGAAAAGCAUAGUGUCUUGGAAAAAGAUUUCCUUAAAGAAAAAGAGCAAGAGGCCAUUUCUUUUCAAGAUAGAUACAAAGAACUUCAGGAAAAACAUAAACAAGAAUUGGAAGACAUGAGGAAAGCUGGUCAUGAAGCCCUCAGCAUUAUUGUGGAUGAAUAUAAGGCACUACUACAGUCUUCAGUUAAGCAACAAGUAGAAGCUAUUGAAAAACAGUACAUUUCUGCAAUUGAGAAACAAGCACACAAGUGUGAAGAGUUGCUAAAUGCUCAGCACCAGAGGCUCCUCGAAAUGCUAGAGGUAGAGAAGGACCUGUUAAAAGAAAAGAUAAAGGAAGCUUUGACUCAGCAGUCUCAAGAACAGAAGGAAAUAUUUGAAAGAUGUUUGGAGGAAGAAAGGCAAAGAAAUAAGGAGACAUUAGUGUCCGCUGCAAAGCUUGAGAAAGAAGCAAUGAAGGUUGAAGUUUUAAAAGCCAUAGAAGAAGAAAGAAAAAAAUUGGAUAAAGCUCAUGCUGAAGAACGGGAAUUAUGGAAGACUGAGCAUGCAAAAGAUCAAGAACAAGUAUCUCAGGCAAUUGAAAAAGCUAUACAAGAACAAAGAAAAAUUAGUCAGCUCUCAGAGUGCUGACAACCAGACAGGAAAUGGGAAGAUUCUUUUCUGAGGAAUCCAGACAGCUCAAGAAAAAAGACCUAAAUAUAUUGGUAUCAAAAAUUGCCCCGAGGAAGCAACUCAGCCAGAUUGCUCUGCUGUAAGAUCACAGUCUAUAAACCACAAUUGCGCGCACAGAGACGUUACUCAGCAUUUUCGUGCUCCCCUCGUUAAACAUGAGCAAAUAGCCAAGUAUGAAGAGUCAAGUUCUACGAAAAGCAGAGAAGAAAGCAGAUGUUGUGGGGACAUGAAGAGUUUAAAAAAAUUAUUAUUAACCUCCUCAGCAGUAAAAGAAGAUUUUACCUCUAUGAAACAUUAAAACUUCAAAAUAUGGUAGAGAGUUAAAAACAUGAAGUUAUAGAAGUCUUUCAGAGAAAUGGAUAUAAAAAUACAAAAAAUGAAAACAGCAGUGAAAAGAUCAGAAAAUUAGGCAAUUAACUCAGGAGGUUCAUUAGUUGAAUCGUAGGAUUUUGAGGGGAAAAAACAAAAUAGAAUACAGGAAAUAAUUAUAAUAAAUUAUUAUUAUUAAAGGAAAAAACUCCCAGAAUUGAAGGACAUGAGUUUCUAGAAUGUAAGAUAUGAAUUUCUAGAUAGACCUAUAACUAGGUUUGUCAGGAAUAUUUUGAGAAACAGCUAAAUGCAUAAAAGUUCCCAUACAGGAAAAAAAAAUAUGCAAAUGAUGAGGAAUCAGAAUGGAAUCAGACUCAACAACCUUUAAAACUGCAGACAUUUCCAAGCUAGUGAGACUAUAAAUUAAGUGUGAAGAUAGAAUAAAGGCAUUAUAUUCAGACAACGGAGUGUGUUUAGAAAGCUAGAGGUACUAUUCAAUAGAGAUACAGUAGAUCCCUGGAAAUAUGCCUGAGGGAGAUCCCAAAAUAGCUAUGUAACAGAGCUAGAGAGCAACCAACCCAGUUUGGAGACAUCUCUCCAAGAAGAUAAACAUAAUGGAAUUUCUGAUGUAUUUGAAAAUAAUGACUAGAUAUUUAGACAAUGAGAGUUUGGAAAUCAGUUCAUACUACACAUUUGCUCAGGCCAAUAUAAUGUUACUUUAGUAACACUGUCGUUUUUGACCCCAAGUCUUAAGAGGCCUUACAUUCUUUUGCUCUUUUGCAACUCUAUCCAGCAGCUAUGUGAAAAAUCCUGAGCUAGUCUGCUGGACAAUGGGAAACUGCAGUAAGGAGAAACAGGCUAUUCUCUUUGAUUCCAUUCUAGCAAUAACAGCCAAGUCAGCCCCCGCGUUGAUUACAGACAGAUACCUGGGAGAGUCCAGCCAAGACCGAGAGAACUGUCCAGCUGAGCCCAGCCCAGGUGGCCAAUGCAGAAUCGUGACCUGCAUCAGGGAUUGGCAGGCUUUUUUUCUGUAAAGGGCCAGAUAGUAAAUAUUGGGGAUUGAAUGGGUCAAGAGGCUUAAUUGAGAGUAUUAUAUAGGUACUUACAUAAUGAAAACCACAAAUUGUUGCAGUUUUUUAUGGAUGAAAGUAAAAAUACAGUAAAAUAAUAUAGAUCUAGUGAGAAGAAGAGAAUUUUGGGGGGGAUGGAGUUUUUUUGUUGUGAUUUAAAGUUAGGUAUCCCUAUCAAAAAUGGUUGCAAAUACUCAUUAAUGCUGAUAUAACUGAGAUUCAUCAUUCAUAUCAUCUUUUAAAAUAUCUUUCACACAGGUACUGGCAAAUUUUGAUAUCAGUCAACGAGUAUGUGAUUUUAAUUGAGCAUAUUCAUCACUAGACAGGCAUUUUUAUAAUUACUAUCUAUUAAUGUUUUCCAUUUAGCAUAUAAUUACAGUGCAGACUAAUUACUUUCCAUUAAAAGUUAGAGGAAAGUAUCUCAGAUGCAUAGUAAAUGGAUUUUGAAAUAUGCACAUUUCAUUUGUACUACCAAUGGAACUGUGUUUUGAGCUCGUAAAUUUCUGUAGGAACAGAAGUCUCACUUCUCCUUUUAAUCAUUGAUGCUCAGGAAGUAUAUAAAGCAGUUUCCUGUGAUUCAAACACUCAUCUUCUAAGGUGUAUUUUUACAACCACACGAAACUUUUUAAAUGACACAUAAUUAAAUACAUAAAGAAUAAGCUGUAUAGAAACAAAAAAUAAUUAAAGCACAUAUUUGUCCCAGAAAAUGUUUGAUACAAUAGAUUACCUCCCACAGAUCACAAUGGAGUUGAUUGCUGAGAAUUUUUCUGUGUUUUAACUGUGUUGACAAUCCUUAAAUAAAAUUGCACUGAUAAAGAACAAACAACCAAGGCUACUUAUUAAUUCAAGAUUCUGUGACUGUGGAAAUGUAUGGUCAAUUUAAUGGGUACUAAAGCAUAA